GUUAUUAUUAACUCAGUAAUAAAUGCUCGUAGAACUGUUUUAGGAUGAUUUUUAAAUCUAUUCAAAUUAUAUUUAUUUUUGUAGUGCUUGAUCUAUUCUGCAUGUCUAUCUUAUGUUUUUUUAGUCCUAAAAUCUGGAUUGGAGAAAUGGAGACUUGUUAUAUACUGUUUCAUAUUUAAAGCUUUGUUUUACAAUUUUGUUAUAAUUAAAUUUUUGCAAGUUUCAAUAGUGUUUAAAAUUGACUAUUAUGAAGAAAUUUCAGUUAGAAGUUUGGAAUACAUUCGAUAAACUAUGCCUAAUGUCAGCAAUUACAAAACUUAAAACCAGUUUUACUGACCAAAACUGGGUUGCUAUUAGUAGAUACACAAAGCAGUUACAUGAAAACAUUUCUUCUUUUGUUCAAUAUGACAACAGAAGUGAUGAAUGGUUUUCUGCUAAGCAGUGUUCAGCUCAGUAUGAAGUUCUUAUUAAAGGUUCUGGGGCUCGCAAGAAGAAGAAAGUAGACAGAAACUUUGAUUACUCGGAAGUUCAUGAGGCUCUUUUGGUUUCAUUAAAUCAAGAGUUUUGCGAAGAGUUGCAGCUAUCUUUAGAAGAUGUCCGGGAAGACUAUGUUCAAAAUCAACAGCUUCUUGAUGACCUCGAUGAUGAUAAAAUCGAUGAUGAGAAAUUAGAACAAUUAAUAUUCGAGCUUUUAGAAUCAGAAAAAGUCACUGACAUCAAGACCAAAUUAAAAUGUAUGCUGGAUGAAAAAAAUGCUGUAGAAAGCGAAAACAGUAAUAAACCUUUGUCCCAGACCUUGCUGCCUAAUGAGCCAUCAACUAGUAGUGAACAUAAGGCUGCCAAUAUUACUACUUCUCCGCUUCUCACCAGCCUCCUUCAAAGCCCAUCUCCAUUAGUAAGGCCAUCACCAUCUACGUCAUCUCCCACAAUUUCAUUACUGCUCCAUUCCUCACCAUCCCCUUCAUUAACAGAUCCAACAUUAUCUAAACUCCUUGAAUCACCGAUUACUUUGUCUAGUACAUCUUCCACUGCUUCAAUAGACAGUCCCUCAUUUCUUUUUCAAGGAGUCGUUUUGGAUUCCCCCCCGCCAAGCUCAGCUGCAACUAAAAAGAAACAAUCGAAUGGUGGUGAAGGUAUUUUGGUUCCAAGAGUUAAUGAUCAUAUGGAAUUUCAAAGAACUGAAGGUUUUGAUGAUAUGAGUGAUAUUGAACAAGGGGUUGUAGAAUCAGAAGUUAUUAUAGAAAAUGAAUCCUCUCCUGUAAAAAGGCUCACACCCAGAAGAUUGGAUUAUGAGAGCAUUGGAGAUGAAGAACCUGAAGAAGAAAUUUUAGAAACGGUUGAAGAAAUCAUUGAAAGGGUAGAAGAAGCUAUAAUCGAGACUGUAGGAGAAAACAAUUUAAAUGAAUUGGUUUUAAAUGAAGGGAUAGAUACUGUUUCCAUUUCAGAUGAAGAAAUUGAAAACAUUAGCAUAGAAGAUAGUAUAGAAGAUGCUUAUGAAGUGAUUGUUGUUGGAUCUUCAGAAGAGGCUGUCCCAUCUAGCAAUGAAGGUUCUGAAAAUUCUAUUAUUAUUGAUACAUCAAUAUCUAAGGUUGAUAAGAAUAAGAAUGUUGAAACUAAUGAGGCAGUGAAAAAUUCUGAAAUAUUUCCUGUUGAUGAUGAAAUGAGAAUUGAUGCUAUUCCCAAAUCAAUUAACCACGAAAAUAUUGAUAAUUUACAAGAAAUUUCAUUAGUAAAGGAUUUAAAUGAAAAUGAAAAAUCAUUUGAUGAGAAAGAUAAAGAAGAGAGGCCAGAAGUAAAUGUUAUUGAUAGGGUUGAUGAAGAAUUAUCAAAUAACUUAAUUAUUGGGGAAGAAAAACCGGUUGAGAACGUUGUUGUUUCUAUUGAUGGAAAGUGUUUAGAAGAACAAUCCAAAGAUGAUUUGGAAACCGAUAGUGUUCCAGCAGUCAAAAAAAAUUAUUUAUCUGUCAAUAGUAAUAUUGCAGAAACACCUGAACACUUGGUAUCAUCAACUUCUGAAGGUGAUAAUCAUUCUAUUACCGAAAGUUUUAAUGACGUAGUUCAUAAACAGAUCGAUGAAAAUGAUGAGUGCCGUAAAACUCCUCUUAGUGGUGACUUAGUUCUGAAUACUGAACCUGAAAAACAAAGUAUUUCAUUGGAUAACAAACAUAAUCAACCUGUUGAGAAACAAUUACCUGAAGAGAUAGAACUGGUAAUUAAUAAAAAUGAAGUUGAGAUUAAAUAUCAGGAAGAAGUAGUCAAGGUACCUGUUAUUGGAAAACCAUCAGAUAAAAUUGAUGUUCACGCCGAUGAUUUACAAAAUAAAAUUACUGAAACAAAAGUAGAUUAUUUAACCAAUACAUCAAUAGAUGUUUUGGAAGGAAAAGCUGAAAAGGAAGAGUUAGAAUUGCAUAAUGAAGAGAUUUUAAAAAUGAGACAUGAAGGUCUAAAUGUUGAUAAAAAUACUGAGGAAUUUCCUAAAAGUGAUCAAAUAAUUAUUUUCAAUGAUUCACAACAGUCUGCUGCAGUAACAACUUCCCUUGAUGAAGAAGAGUCUACUAUACCUGAGACCACUUUGAAUUUAAAUUAUUCCACUUUAGACAGUGGCAUAAAAUCCAGAACUGAAACUGAAAAUGAAGGAUCAAUAGAAGCUUCUAGAAGUUGUAAGGAUCAGGUAAUCGCUAUUGACGCAAAUUCUGGAAGUUCAGAAGAAUUGGUAAUGAGUAGUAUAGAAAUAGAAAACGACACACCUAUUUUCAAUCCUAAUAUAGCUGCAGAAUCAAAGUUGAGUAUUGAGCUACAUGAAAAGAACUAUAUCAAUUCUAAGCAAACAGAAAAUAAUCUAAUAUUAGGUAUUUCACAUUCUGAAGAUGAACAGGAGCAGGAGCAAAUCAGUACAAAACAUAUAUCUUUGAAAGAUGAAGAUAAAAACAAAAAUAAAUUAGAAAUUGAUGAUAUAAAACAUAAAAGUUCUGUUGUUGAUGAUGUAAAGCAAUCAAUUGCUGAAAAUAUUAAUAAAAUUGAAAUUUCUGAAGAAAAUGAUGAAGUUCAAGAAAUGAUUGGAACUCCAGAAACUCUUGAAGUUCAAGAAACUCAUAAAACCCAAGAAAUUCCUGAAGCUCAAGAAUUUCGGGAAGUUCAAGAUAUUCAGAAACCUCUGGAAACUUACGAAGCUCAAGAAAAUCAUGAAGCUCGAGAAUCUCAUGAAUCCCAAGAAUCUCAUGAAGCCCAAGAAUCUCAUGAAGCCCAAGAAUCACAUGAAGCCCAAGAAUCUCAUGAUGGUUUCUAUGAGAGCACUUCUGGUCAAAUGUACAUAGAGUCAGAUGAAAGUAAAUCAGACAGUACUGAAGAGACAGAAGAUAACUCAAUAUUAACUACUGAAGAUAGCAAAGAUGGUCUUGAUGACUCUUUGAAAUUCAGCUCUCUGGAGACUCUUUCUAUGCCUUCAGUUGACUCACCUCCUGAAUAUAAUGAUCCAAAAUUUGCUGGUUUGAAAACAAAAGAGAAAGAAUUUAGAUCUCUGAUAGGAAAAGGCUUUGAGGAAUUGAAGAAUAAAGCUGCAGAACUGGUUUUCAUUCCCGAUACAGGUUUUGAAGAUAAAGCUGGUUCAAGCAAACAUGCAAAAACAAAGAAUAAGCCAAGAACUAAAAAAGACAAGCCUUUUAAAACCAAAAAGAUGAUAGAAAAGACAAAUUGGGAGAAAUCUAAUGACAUUCCAACUACUAAAGAAAAACUUAGCAGAGAUAGAACUAGUAAUAGAGAUAAAUCUAGUAAUGAAAAACAUACAAAUUCGAGUAGAAAGACAAAAUAUCUGAGUUCUUUAGAUUCUAAGCCAGACAGCCCUUCUCUUUCAACUACGUCAUCGGAUGAAGAUAGAGAUUAUAAAUCAUGGAAAAAAUCCAUUCUUCUGGUUUACAACAGAUUAGCCUCUCAUAAAUAUGCUUCAGUUUUUUCGAAACCAAUUACUGAAAAUGAAGCUCCGAGUUAUCAUCAACUAAUAUUACGCCCUAUGGAUCUUUCUACUAUAAAACGCAAUAUUGAGAAUGGAGUUAUUAGAACAACUGUUGAAUUCCAGCGGGAUAUGCUUUUGAUGGUGCAAAAUGCCAUUAUCUAUAAUAAAUAUGAUACACCAGUGUAUGAUAUGGCAAAAGCAAUGGGUGAGGAUAUGCUGGCUCAAAUGGAAGUCAUGGUUCAAGCGCUUGGUGAUGGUGUACCAUUGAUUGGAGAUACGAGUGAGGAAAAACAAAUUACCAGAGCACGCACGUCUAAAAGUUCUGCAGAAACACCUCAAAAUAAAAAAAGGAAGACUCAGGAGCCUGAUGAAAUUCGCCCUAAAAGAAAUAAAUUAUCAACUCCUUGCUGACCAUAUAUAAUUCGUUUCAUUGAUUUCACUUAUGUUUUAAGGCAUAAGCCUAUGAACUAGAGCGGUUUUCCAGAAAGAUAGGAAUAUGAAGUUUUGCAAUGAAAAGUUGUAAGUAUGCUAAAGUUUGGGAAUAAGGAAAGGAAAACUGGAUUUUAUUAGUUUUACCGGAAGAUUAUUAGGGCCAAAAUCAUUGGCAUGGAAUUUUAGGAUGGUGGAUAGGUGGGUAGUUCAUUGUAGGAUUAUGUUUUAUGUUUUAAGACAUAAGUAACUGAAAUCAAUGACUAUGAAAUCAAUCAUUUGGCUAUAAAUUGAUGUAAUGUUUUUUGUUUAUUUCAUUAAAAUAAAUUCUUUUGUAACAUCAAAUUCUUUAGUGGCACCUGCCACAUCGUGUUAUUAGCAGUUCAGGCAGAGUGCUAGUUUAGUCUAUUACAAAUAAAAUAAAUUCAUUGCUUGUUCAAUUGUUUCUGAUAUUAUUAUAGCAAUGUGAGUUUGGAGAAAAAGUUGAGGUAAAACCCACAUUUUUUAACAUAAAGGCCCGUUGAAAUUGUAUUUCUAAAUUAAUGUAUUAAAUGAUUUUUUGUUCUAGUCUUCAAACUAUUUUUAUAAUAAUUCUAUUGUUUACAUUAGUUUAAGUUUUUUUACAGUGUAUUAUUAUAUAUAUUUGUAUAAAUGUAAUAUAUGUAUAAUACAGAUUUUUUUGGUUAA